CCACUAAGCACCCGCGGCUUGUCCACAUUGCUCAUAUCACCAAGUAUCACUUUAAUAUCCAGUAAUUUAGUUGAAUUAAGUGCGAUUAAGUGUAAAAAAAAAUUAAAAAGAGUCUUUGUUGCAUAAAUAAAUACACAGUGAAUCAAAAGUGAAGAAUGAAGGGUGAUAAAGACGCGUUAAAGUUAUCGAACGAAAACAUGAGUCAAUCGGAGAGCGACGUUCAAGGAAUCGGAGGUGGCGGAAAAAAAGAUGACGGAAAUCAUGCUUAUACAAACCCGGCUUUGAGUAGUUCUAGUGAUAGUAUUAACGAUAAUUAUGGAAAUCUCAAUAAAGGGAGUGAAGCUUUUAUUGUUGUGGACGAAUCAAAAGAACAACAAAAAUUAUUGGACAAAGUCGGACCAUGGGUAAAAACGAAAGCAGAAAAAGCAUUUACCAAAAAAACGCUAUACAAAAGAGUCCCAAUUUUAUCUUGGCUACCAAAUUACAACAUGGAAUGGGCGAUCGGAGACUUUGUGGCGGGAAUUACGGUCGGUUUAACAGUAAUUCCCCAAGCCUUAGCUUAUUCAAACAUCGCUGGACUUCCAGCGCAGUACGGUUUAUAUGGUUCUUUUUUGGGUUGUUUCGUGUAUAUAAUUUUCGGAAGUUGCAAAGAUAUCCCAAUCGGCCCCACCGCUAUCGCUUCACUUCUAACAUACCAAGCUGUUAAUGGAAUGGGACCAGAACACGCCAUUUUAUUAGCUUUUUUAGCCGGAGUUAUUGAAUUAGCUAUGGGGUUAUUAGGAUUAGGUUUCCUGAUUGAUUUCGUAUCAGGCCCAGUUUCAUCAGGAUUCACUUCCGCGGUGGCUCUAAUUAUUUUUUCGUCCCAAGUUAAAGAUAUCUUAGGAAUUAAAGUGAUUGGAAACACAUUUUUGGAAAUUUGGAUUAGUAUUUUCGACGAUAUUCAUAACACGACUUUAUGGGACCCAAUUAUGGGGGUUUCGUGUAUUGUUGUUUUACUUUUUAUGAGGAAAUUAGCUUUCGUUCAAGUUGGCCCGAAACCCCCAAUUCAAGACGAAAAAACAACGACAAUCACCGAAGAACCAACUACAUUACAAAAAGUGAUCAACAAAACAAUUUGGUUGAUUAGCACCGCGAGGAAUGCGAUUUUAGUCGUAAUUUGUGGAUUUAUCGGGCUUGCUGUUUACAAUGAGGGGCAAACACCCCCUUUUAAGCUUAUUGGAGACGUUCCUCAAGGUUUACCUGACAUUAAACCACCCCCUUUUGGUUUUACCCGCGGUAAUGAAACUUUUACGUUCGGCGAAAUGGUUUCGAAUUUAGGAUCGGGCGUUAUUGUAAUUCCUCUUAUUGCUUUAUUGGAAAAUAUCGCUAUUUGUAAAGCUUUUGCCGAUGGAAAAGCAGUUGAUGCAACUCAAGAAUUAAUAUCAACGGGGUUAUGUAACAUAGCAAAUUGCUUCUUUCAAGCUUACCCAGUUAAUGGAGCCCUAAGUCGUGGGGCUGUUAAUAAUUGCAGCGGGGUUCGCACCCCAAUGGGAGGCCUCUACACGGGUUUAUUAGUUAUCUUCGCCUUGCUUUUCUUCACCCCUUAUUUCUUUUACAUCCCUAAAGCAGCUUUGGCUGGAAUAAUUAUAGCUGCUGUUAUUUUUAUGGUUGAAGUUAAAGUAGUUAAACCUAUGUGGAGAACAAAAAAAAGUGAUUUAUUACCUGGAAUGGCCACAUUCAUUGCUUGCCUUCUACUUCCUUUAGAAUAUGGGAUUUUGAUUGGAGUUGGUUUAAAUCUUGUAUUUAUUCUUUAUCAUGCAGCAAGGCCGAAAAUUUUGGUGGAAAGAUCAACAAGUCGAAAUGGAAUUGAUUAUUUAAUGUUGACGCCAGAUCGUUGCUUAAUCUUCCCAUCUGUUGAUUAUGUGAGAAGAUUAGUGACAAAGCACUCAAUAAGACAAGGUGUUCCUGUGGUAAUCGAUUGUAGUCAUAUUUAUGGGGCUGAUUUCACAGCAGCUCAAGUUGUUGAGACUUUAACGAAAGAUUUCGCAGCAAGGGACCAACCUUUAUACUUUUACAACUUAAAACCGAGCGUUUGCGCCGUUUUCGAGGGGUUAUCACCAAAAGAAUUUGUAGUGGUUUAUGACCAAGAUCAGUUGGAGAAUUUGUUGAAAGAGAAAAAUACAUUUAAGCCAAAAGAUAUUUUCGGAGCUUAAUUGUUUAAUACUUAUCAGUAUAUUUACAGUAUUAUUUAUCAAAAAAUUAUUACUAAUCGUUUUUAGAAUUGGUCCUAUUUAGAAUUAGGUCUCGUUUACUAGUAGUUUAACAAUUUAAGAAGACUAUAGAGUGUAUUUGUACAUAAUAAUAACUGUGAUAAUUAAUUACUUAAAAUAAAUAAUUAUAUAAACCA